AUGAGUGAUCAAUAGACAGCUAACACUUCAACUUAAUCAGCUGCACAGUCACUAUCUAGCUCAACAUCUACGACUACAACUGAUUCCAACUCUUCAUCAACUAAUUCAACCUUUGACACUUCUGAGCCCGAGGAAAACAAGUACAAACAGAUAUACUCCAAGAUGCAAAAGUCCUUCCUAGCAACAAAUGUCUCUUUAAAUACAACUUAGUACAUUGAGAGGUAGCGAAUGCUCGAAAGAUAUAACAAAUUCUCCAAGUACGAGUCCAAAAAUCACCUAAACCACUUCGUCUAGUAUGAUAAAUUCUGGAAAACCAUGCAAAGCGCUAUGAUCGUCUAUGAUACUGUGCUCAAGCAGUAAACUAUUGAUUUAGUCUUAUGUGAUCACUUCCUAGAGGGGGCAUUUGUCCCAGAACCAUAAUAGAAAAUCAUUUUAUGUGCUAAUACAUUGCUGAGGAGAGAAGACUUUGACAAUGCGAUGAAGCGCAUGCUAGUAAAGAUGUACGAUUAUAACAGAGCAGGCUCUACUUAUAAUCCUGAUAACUGCAAGCAUCUUGCCUGUACUGAAGUCAGAGCAGCACUAUUCAGUUCCAAAUGCAAUAUUAGAGACAGGAAAAAGACGAAAGCAUUGGCAUUACAAAAAACUCAUAAAGAUAAAGCUAUAGCGAAUGAGUUUUGUGUUAAAGAUCUUGCCAUAUAGCAUCUAAAAGAGAAGAGCAAGUGUUUAGCAAAGGCUGAUCGCUACAUUGACUAUGUAUUCGAGAGGUGUAAAAAUGAUAAUGCCCCUAAUAAUCUUAAUAAAAUAUCCAAGCUUAAGAGUUUUAACGACAUUAUGUGA